GCCACACAAACCUGCUCCAGAUUGUCACUACAUAUUUAAUUAUUUGAAUUGAUUUUUUGUUGUCUACAAUCUAUUAUUUUUGAAGGAAUCAACCACUAUAAAGGAUAUGUUAGUGGAAGUUUUAAAGAGCGCCUUCAUCCUUCUCUCCUGCAUGUUGCUGAAACCCGUGUUUUCAAUGCAGUAUCAGAUGUGUGAGAUGAUGAAGGAAAUAGACAAGGAAAGGGACGUGUGUGAGGCUCAGAUUGAGAACAGAACAACAGGUUGCAGGGGGACGUGGGACAAGAUCACCUGCUGGCCCAGCGCCAAUGUUGGAGAGGUGGUCACCAUCCGUUGCCCCAAAUAUCUCUUCUACUUCUCCAGAGACGUUCCUACAAAAAAGUAA